AUGACAAGAACCAACAAGUGGACGGUCCACGAAGACAAAGCAGAAUCGCAUUAUUUUACCCACAACGGCCACUACGGGGCAGCGCCAAAUGGUGUUAAAAAACAUGGUUCCGGUAAGGGCAACUGGGGUAAGCCCGGCGACGAGAUUCAGGAUUUGAUUGAGACUGGGGAGAUCCCCCCGGUCUUCCACAAGGAAAGGCGUGGUUCCAACGUUCAAUCACACGAGCGGAAGUUCGGGGAAGUCCAGCAGUUCCACGAGUAG